ACAUCUUUUCGGCUGGUCGAACGCCCAACAGUGCACGGACGAAGAAGUCUUCUACCAUUGGACAGUUACACAGUCAAUCAAAGUCUUUCUUCUAUUUUAUUGGCUGAUCCUGGAAAAAGCCGCCAGUCGAUGCAUCACUGGCUGGUGUUAUGAUCGUUGCCUGCACUGUAGUGUUUGCGCACAAGGGGAGCGGAGGAGAAGGGAUGCGCAGCCCUGGCUUGUUUCGCUAGAUUAGCUUCAAGUUUUUAGGGUUACUUUUGAAAAUGUCAGGCGAGAAACUAUGGAAAGUGUGCCGUUCCCUGUGGCAGAAGAGCAGCACAGUAGCACCGUGGAGCUCUGCGAAAGUGCAGGCGUUCGCGUGCGGGAGUCUGGCGUCGCGAGGCUUGAACCCCGCGGACGCCUCCGGCGCUAAGUGCUGCAAAAACGGCGACUGCAACUCCGAGGCGAAUGCGAACGCGAGCGCGAGCGUAGCUCGCGUGUCCCCGUCCGUCCCCCCGCCCCCGUCCAGCCCGAACCACAGGCUGCAGGUGGUGGGCAAGAAGCGCGGGGAGGACUCGCUCGGCGUGUCCGGACGCUCCUACUCGUCCACGGCCCCCAAGGUCGACAGCAAGGCGUAUCUGUGGUCCCGCUACAACGAGAUGAAGAGGCUGGUGCACGACUUGAUCCCCCCCGGUGUGUGCAACCUCUUGAAUCCAUCAACCAUUUAUGCUAACAAUGAAGUCAACCUGGAUGAGGUGGACAUCUAUGGCUUUGACUAUGACUACACACUUGCUCUUUACUCAAGUGCGCUAGAUGCCAUGAUCUACAACAAAGCUAGAGAGUUUCUCAUCCAACACUACAAGUAUCCACAGGGCAUCAGCAGAUAUGAUUACAUACCCAACUUUGCAGCUCGUGGACUUCAUUAUGAUAUUCAGAAGGGUCUUUUGAUGAAGAUAGAUGCUUUCCAUUACAUUCAGCCAGGGACAGUGUACAGGGGUCUACGUCCAGUUCCAGAUGAGGAAGUCUUGCAGCUGUACGGAGGAACACACCACGUCCCUCUUCACCAAGUCAGUGGCUUCUAUGGCAAGGGCCCUAAAAUGAAGCAGUUCAUGGAUGUCUUUUCCCUGCCAGAGAUGACGCUGCUUGCUGUUGCCAAUGACUUUUUCAUUUCCAACGACAUCGAGUACGACCCCGUUCACCUCUACAAGGAUGUGUCGGAUGCUGUGGGGAUGGUGCACAUAAAAGGCUACAUGUACAAGUGGAUCAUGCAAGACCUGGAAAAGUACAUCAUUAGGGGAGAUGAAACAUAUGCUGUUCUUCAUCGCUUGGUCAGCAAUGGAAAGAAACUCUUUCUCAUCACCAACAGCCCCUUCAGCUUUGUGGAUAAAGGCAUGAAAUACAUGGUUGGAAAGGACUGGCGGGAAUUCUUUGACGUGAUCAUUGUUCAAGCUGACAAGCCCCACUUCUUCAAUGACUGCGUCAAGCCAUUCCGGCGUUUGGACAGUAAUGGUGACCUCCAGUGGGACAAAAUAAACAGUUUGGACAAGGGUCAAAUCUACAAACAAGGAAAUUUGUUUGAUUUCCUGAGGCUGACCGGUUGGAGGGGGUCCAAGGUGCUCUAUUUUGGGGACCACCUUUACAGUGACUUGGCAGAUUUGAUGCUUCGCCAUGGCUGGCGCACUGGUGCCAUUGUGCCAGAGCUGGAGAUGGAGACCAAGGUGGUGAACACAGAGCAGUACGCACAGAGCCUGACCUGGCUGCAGGCCCUCACCGGCCUCCUGGAGCGCAUGCAGAUGCAUCGGGAUCCAGAGUCCCAGAAGGUUCUCCAGGACUGGCUGAAAGAAAGGGAGGAACUUCGGGCUGUGACCAAGAAUCUGUUCAACCCCCAGUUUGGCAGCAUUUUUCGCACCUGCCACAACCCCACCUACUUCUCGCGACGCCUCUGCCGUUUCUCCGAUCUCUAUAUGGCGUCCAUCAGCUGCUUGCUGAACUAUGACCUUUCUUACACGUUUUACCCUCGGCGCACGCCACUGCAGCAUGAGGCUCCUCUGUGGAUGGACCAGCUGUGCACGGGCUGCAUGAAGACCCCUUUUUUGGAGGAGAUGACCCACAUCCGUUGACGGACUAGUGCUGGAACGCUGUGUACAUACCGUUUCAAACACUUACAAACUGAAACUGGACUCUAGUAGACCAUUGCUGCUCUUUGGGAUAUUCCUUUUGGACUUGGUGGUAUUUGACCUGAGCUGGGCAAGAUUACCUUCCAGUGGUGGUAAACAUGCUGAAAGGGUUCUCAUUAUUACAGUAUUUGCUUUUCUUAGGGCACAAUACAAACACCUUUGCUGAGGAAAUGCAGGGACUUUACCCCUUUUUUUCUGUUCAUCCAGUGAGUCAGAUUUAAACACUGUUGUUAUAGGACUAUUGAACCAAACCAAAACAAGAUUCCAGUUAUGGUUUUACAGUUACGCAGCUUUGUGUAAUAUGGCUUUAUUCUAAUCUUGUAGGUUCACAUUUUGACUUUUCUGUACCAGAAGCUUCUAGACAUUACUCCCAAGACAUUACUGUUCUAAGUAGGACCAGGUGGGAAAGUGUCACCAGUUGGGCUGAAGGUAGGUUGCUUGAUUCUGCAUGGUGAAUAUGCCAAAUGUAAGCAUGUAGAGAGCAGUGGGGAAGAGAUGUGUAGAGUUGUGCUGUUGCAGCAGUGAACCAAGAAGAGCUGCCCUGCUAUUGAACACUUAAGUGUUGUCUGAACUUGGCAGGGAUUUUAUCUGUAUACCAGGAAGUGUGCAAGAGAUUGUUCUCUCUUUGACUGCCACUGGUGAUUUAACAGGCUAAACAUGGUACUUUGAGAACAAGAGUUUUUUUUUUUUUCUCAGUUUAUUGUGGAGAAGAUCAAAGCUUUGGAAUCAGGAAGGUUUGCAAAUGCCAUGGUGACAAUAUUGAAAGCAUCCAGCUUUAAUAUCUUUUACAGUAUUACUAAAUCAGUUUGAAAUGCCAGCUACUACUGUAUAUCCUGGUCAUUAAAAAACAUUAAGUCCACUGAAAGCUCGAGAGGAUGAAGCGAUAACGCACAAGUAUACUAAUUUGUUUUCUUAAAUUUGUUAAAUGAACUGUGGCAGAUGUCUGCUGAGAUUUUAAAAUUAAUAAAGUUUUGUCUACUUCUGUCUUCUAAAACUACUUCCUCAACUAUAGGUUAAAUUGCAGUCACCGUAUGAAAUUACUGAUGGAAUUUCAGUACUAAAUACUGUACUUCUGGUACUUGGAGUCCUCCUGCAGUGGACUUCAUAAAAAACAGCAUUCUGACAGCCGGCUGCACACACUUGACUGGAUAAAACACUUCAGUGUAAAGAAUGGAAUAAUUUUUUUGGCACCCCCC